AUGUCAGUUCAAUCAUUUACUAAUAGACUAGAUAAUAUAAAUGAAACUCAAGAUUCAAUAAAUGCUUUAUCAACUUAUAUGAUACUUAAUGAAAAAUUAUUUGAUGAAUUUUUAAAUAUUUGGAAAUUACAAAUUUUAAGAACUAAGGAUAAUAAUAGAAAAUUAUUACUACUAUAUCUUUGUAAUGAUGUUAUACAAAAGGCAAAACGUCAAAAUAAAUUAAAAUAUUUGGAUUCUUUUAGUUUAAAAUUAUUAGAAAUUAUUAAUAUAAUUUAUUAUUCAGUUGAUUCAAAUAUUAAAAAAAAAAUUACAAGAUUAAUAUCAGUUUGGGAAGAUAGAUUAGUAUUUGAUAAUAAUAUAAUAAAUAAUUUAAAACAAAAAUUAACUCAAGAACCUGAACCUAUUAAAGAAAUAAUAUCACCACAGCCUGAUUUGCAACAAAUCAAUGGAGUAACACCUGAAUUAAAACAUAUAAAUGACUUAUUUCAACAUAUAAAUCAAUUAACUGAUAUUAGUCAAGGAAAUUUAACUCAAUUAGGUAUACAAAGUAAAACUUAUUUAAAUUUAAAAUCUGAUAAUUUACCAAAAACUCAAAUUCAUUUAAAUAAAUUAAAUAUUUUAGAAAAAUUGAGUAAUGUUUCAAUUGCUAAUAUAGAAAAAAUUAAAUCUACUAGAGAAGAUAUUAAAAAUAGUGUAGAAUCUUUAUUAAUUAUAAUAAAUGAAGGUAUUAAAACAGAUAAUUCUAAAAUUGAAGUUAUUCGAGAAAAAUUAAAUAAAACUUAUGAAAUUAGAGCUGCAUUAUCUGGAGAAUUUGAAAAAAAACCAGUACCUAAUAAUAAUCAUGGUAUUGAAAAUGAGGAAAACAAUGUUCAAGUAGAAGAUGAAGAUGAUGAUGAUUUACCAACUUAUGAAAAUGAAGAUAGUGAUUCUGAUGAUGAACCACAAAUCAAAAGAAGAAAACUUUCACCAAGUCCUUCUGCUAAAAAAGUUGCAUUUUCCGAAGAUAUUGAAAUUAAUGAAUUUGAACAUAAAAAUGAAGAAAUUGUUGGAGAAGAAGAAGAAGAUAAUGAUGAUGAUGAUGAGUUUGUAGAAGAGGUAGGAGAAGCCGAACAAGAAGAAGUGUUAACUGAAGAGCCACAAGCUAACAAUGUAAAAGAGUUUAAUAAAGAAGAAACUCCUUCUGUUAUGGAUUUAUUGAAAAAAUUAGUUUAA